GAUUGUAUUAGACGUCGGGCUCCGUUGUUGGUCGUCGAGUUCGCGUAAAAUUGAUGUAUUCUGCUGUUAUUCGGAAUUACAAACGAUGUAAAAGUGGAUAUCUUAUCAUAAUCCUUCCAAAUUAACGGGCAAUCGAAAGUAUGAGGGGUGUAAACAUAUAGGAUUGAUCGGAAGCGGUCCGGUUGCCGCUGGACAUCAAAUUAUUGCGCUAGUGACAAACGAGUGAUUGCGGAGAAAGCGAUUAUCUGUUUAGAGCAAGUAGCGAACGGGGUCUGUCCGUGAGCUAUUGCAGAGGAAGUGCACCUAAUCAGUCAGAAUUUUCCAUUUUCCCUAAUGAUGGGUGUUUUUUCAUGGGCAGAAUAAAAUCAACAUGUUCUAUACCGUACACAGGAGUGCUCUAAAGCAAUAAUAUUUCAGAUGAAUCGUUCUUGCAUAGUAGUGGUGAGAUGGAUUGCAAUGGUCCUGUUUUGUGUUGAUAGUGGGUGCAAUAAUCAUAGCCCGACAGAGUGGAAUGUUGCAUGACGGCGGCCACUUUUAGCAUCUUCAUAGGGUUUUGUGGACUUGUGGCCUAGCCGUCUAGGGACCAUCAUUUUUUUUUUAACUGAAGUGAAAUUGUCAGACGAGAACCGGUGUAAUUGUACAAGUAGUAAUGGAUGCUGAGCUGCGACAAAGUGACGACAGAGCUCCGCAAUCUCUGUCAUCUGUGUAUGAAUGAAAAGAGGAGAGGAAAAAAUGAAAAUCCAGUGAUAAUAGUGAUAAGAGGAUGAAAACAAAGAAAACCCAUUGGCAGGCGAGACGACAACCUGCUUUCACGUGAAUAGAUAUCAACGUCCUCAACCGACCCCGAUCGGGGAGUGUUACGAAAGUGUAAUUGGAAGCGAUCAAUCAGCCAAAAUUUUGUGCCCGAGCAGCGGUGGUGUUCGAUAAUUAAAAAACCAAGGAAGGUGUGUGUUAAAAGCGAAAGGAGUUUUUCAACGCCGCCGUAACAUAAUGACAGAAAGAAAGUUUACCCGGGGGCUCAACAAGCCCGGAAUGGCAGCACAGCUGAGGGAGAACAUCUCGCAGGUUGUACGUGAAUCUGCUUCACUUAGCAAACCAAUCCUAGUGGAUCCAAUCGAUUUCGAAGGAUUCAUUUCGAAAAACAAAACCCUCAUCCAGAAUGACCCUCAGCGCGAGCUAUUGCUGUACCCCAACGAUGACGUUGCGGAAGUGGUACAGCCGAAGAAAUUCCGUACCGUCACCAGCAACAUUCCAAGCUUCGCCAAAGCUCUGGCGUCGUUCAAUAGCGCCCAGAAUGGAACCACCACUAACGGGACAUCGGGCAGUUCUCCUCGGUGCACCUCUCCGAGUACCGUGGAGGCCAAACCCAGUGCGACUCCACCCGGACAUCUCCUAACGCGUCAAGCGCUGCACACGUACGAAUCUGCCAACCAUUUGAUACACUACAAAUACAGUGCCUAUGGAGGUACUUACCUGGACCUACCCCGAAUUCAGCCAUCGGACGAACUGAAGGAGGAGCUCUACGAAAUCGACACCGAUCAUGACCGAUUGGACGAGCAGAUGACUCGUUCCCAGGCGGACACCAUCACCAAGCAGGGCUACCUGCUGAAAGGCCCGGACACCAAUUCGGACCGCAUGUUCGCCCACAUCGGAUCGAAAUCAUUCAAACGGCGCUACUGCUACCUCAGGCAGGAAAUCGACGGCACGUACAUCCUGGAGCUGCACAAGGACGAGAAACAGGUCGAAGCCAAAACCACCAUCGUGAUGGACUUCUGCACCGAAGUUGUACCCAACCCGAAGAAGGGCCGGUAUUGCUUCGAGCUGAAGAUGAAUGCCCCACAGCAGAAGUCGUUCGCUCUGGCAGCGGACGACGAGGCGGACAUGGAUGAUUGGCUGAAGAAAAUAUCGUCGGUGAUACAACAGAACAAACUGCAGGAGGAUAAAAGAGUUGCUUCCUUGGAGCGAACGACAGCUCCCACUGCGCCACCGGCCAGCCCCAGUACGAUGAUGAUGUACGGGACGUUGAAGGGUCUGGAGCAGAGCAUGAACCCCCAGCUGAUGAAAUACGGCCGAGAAACGGACAUGUCGAUUGCUCAGGCCAGAAAAGACAACCGGCGAAGGUUAUUUGGGGCAUAUCAACAGCAUGGACAUGGUGGUUCAACGAAGGGAGGUGUGAUUUCUGCUGUUAAAGUGGAAUCAAUAGAACCGUAUCAGGAGCAAUUCGGUCAGCGAAUUUUGAUGAAGUGUGAUUCCCUCAAGUUUCGACUGCAGGCGCCAGUGGAAAGUGGAUGUGCAUCGCCUGCCCUGAAUGGAACGAAUGGUGAAGCAGAAGUAGCACUUUGUCAGCUGGAGCCUUAUCUAACCAGCGUGGCACUGUACGACGCCAAGAAUGGCCGCAAGCUGACCGAGAACUUCUACUUCGACCUGAACAAAGAUCACGUGCGGGACAUGCUCAACGCCAGCUGGGAAGCGGAAAAACCCGCGUGCACUUCUCCGAAACCAGCAAGUAAAUCACACCAGCAGAAUGGUACCGGAACCAUCCAGCGACAUUCCAAAACCCGCUGUGACACCAGCGACGACCUGCAUCCGGACGUGACGAAGGAGUGGACAGCUCGAGCUAGGAAUGCAAUAUUCAGCGUAACCUCGCCCAACCCGGACAUCUUCGUGGUGGUGAAAAUCGAUAAGAUUCUUCAGGGGGCACUCAACCCAUCUACGGAGCCGUACCUGAAGGCUAUGAAAGAUGUUAAAUUGUUGUGUAAACUGCAGAAAACGGUUCGACAAUAUGCACACAAAUGUGGUCAUUAUCGCAUGCCAUUUGCCUGGGCUGCAAGACCGCUUUUCCGGCUCUACAGUAAUGAACUGGAUACUUCGUUUGACUUCCCUGCAAUCUACCGGCAGGAGUGUACAAAGUUGAAAGACGAUGAACUGUUGAAGCUGCUGGCAGAGUACAGGAAGCCUGACAAGUUUAGUAAGCUUACUGUCAUUCCGGGUUCGUUGAAAAUUUUCAUCGAGGCUUUGAAUGAGUUUCCGUCAAAUUGCCUAACAAGCACCCUGGUUCCAUUGAAACCCUUCCCAUCUCCACCAACUGUUGACCCUACUUUGGAAAUAACCGAAUUUGAAAAUCGUGGUUCUGAUCAACAUCUAAAUCCGUACGCAACCUUCGUCAACCAUUUGUUCGUCUACCCUUUACAACUGAACUACGAUAGCCAGAAGAUUUUUUCUAGGGCUCGGAAUAUAGCAAUUUUGAUUGAACUACGCGAUAGUGAUUCCACCGAAGCAAAAUCAAUCGAGUGUAUUUAUGGUCGUCCUGGUCAACCAACCCUCGUAUCCCAGAUAUCAUGCCCAGUACUGCAUCACAACACUAGCCCCACGUGGUACGAGGAAAUCAAGCUUCGUCUCCCUCUGAGGAUAACUUCGCAACACCAUUUGUUGUUUUCAUUCUUCCACGUUUCGUGCAACAUCGCCAAGAAGAAAGAUCUUGUUUCGACCAACACAGAAACCCCGGUGGGCUACGCUUGGCUACCUUUGCUCACCAAAGGAAAAUUAAACAUCGAAGAACAAUGUCUACCGGUGGCCGCCACGUUGCCGGCAGGAUACCUCUCCAUUCAGCCGCUUGGUCUCGGGAAAGGGCAGAAUGCAGGUCCGGAAAUUCAAUGGAUAGACAACCAACGGCAGAUCUUCACGAUCAGCUUCCGGUUAGACUCCACGGUGAUGACGACCGAUCAACAUUUGCACAAUCUGUUCCUUCACGCAGAACGCUUGCUCGAUCAGCCCAAAACUGCCGCCCUUCCAGCUGAAUCCGAAAGCUGCAAAAUCCUCAAAGCUGCUCACGCUAUACAGAUCAAUUCGUUGAUCACAUUUCUGCCAACGAUCCUGAACCAGCUGUUUAACCUCCUGGUAGCCACCCAAAGCGAUGAAAUAGGCUUGAACGUUAUACGACUGCUUGUUAACACUUUCCACAUGAUCUCCGAAGAAGCUAAGCGCAAAGAGCUGCUCCUCUCGUACGUUAAGUACGUCUUCCGCAUCGAUGCAUUCCCCGUAAAUGGUUGUUCACCAACCUCUCAACAAGUCAGCACAGUGCAUGGCGAACUAUGCCGUCAUCUGCCUACUCUCCUCCAUCAGAACAAUACGGACUUCCUUCUUGUCAACAAGUUCAUGAAGUAUUCCGGAAUCUUCUUCGACAUCAUCGUCAAAAGCAUGGGCCAGUUUCUCCUCUCUACGGGGCGCAUCAAAAUGCAACGUAAUGAACGAUUUCCCAAAGAAUUCUCCGCCAAGACAGAGUCAGCAUUCAGCGUUCUUCUACCCUAUCUCAAUUCGCGGCACAAAGAUCUUCCAAUGCAAACCGAGACGCUCAACCAAAGUAUGUCCAUAUUUGUAAAGCGUUGUCUGACAUUCAAGGAUCGUGGUUUCGUGUUACGAUUGAUUCGACUUUACAUGGAUCGCUGGGGCCCCGGAGACUCACGUGUCCUCCAAGAAUAUAAAUUCGCAUUCAUCCGUGAGAUUUGCUCUCACGAACACUACAUUCCACUGAAUUUACCAUUCCUGUUAAGUCCAAACAAUCGACCACCGGAUUUACUACAGCAGUUUUGUCUGUCUGAAGACUUCUGCAGACAACACUUCCUCGCUGGAAUGCUACUCCAAGAAGUGAAGAGUGCGCUCAACGAAAUCAGUCACAUUCGCAGACUUGGGUUAACUAUCCUCAAGGACCUCGUUGCAAAGCAUGACUUAGACGAUAGAUACCAAAACAAAGGUCAACUUAGCCGGAUUGCUUUGCUGUACGUUCCUUGGCUGGGCAUCGUACUUGAAAAUCUGAAUCGUAUACCAGACGGGAUGGAUAAGAAAAAACAUGACUCGAUUGGUACCAACCGAAUGUCAUGCAGCAGUAGUUACGUGUUUGCACGGGAUUCAACUCCAGCGAUAUCUCCACAAGUCGUAACUUCUCACACCAGUACACCAAAGUCCCGCAGUAACCGUGUGACCAUGCACUUCGACUGUCCGAGUCCAAUAAGGUCAUCGCUUCAUCUGAAGGAUACAAGCUUUUUGGCUGCCAUCGCUGGACAAACUUCGUUGGCAAACGGCCAUUCGACCACUUCUCUGAACUCCGAAUGCUCAACACUGUCACAAGACGGCACAGUUGUGAUACGUAAUAAUUCCAAUGAAAUGAACGGCUCAGCCAGACCUAGUCACGCACGAUCAAUCAGCGUUACCCAACCGACCAUCAUCCAAAGAACUGACAAAUUCACCCCUACGGAAACCAAAGACCUUCUAAUUAGCUUUCUGUUUGUGGUAAAACAUCUCUCACCGGAUCACAUGAUCGCCUGGUGGCACAACUGUACGGAAAGUGAAACAGUGCAAUUUUUCACCGUAUUAGACCUCUCCUUGCUCUAUUUCCGAUAUGUGGGCAAAAAGAACAUCCUAGUCCUCAGCGAGACCGGUAAAGAGACCAAAGCUACCAAGUCUGCCAAAGCAAGCACACUUCCGGCGAGGAUGAUCCCUCCAAACAGUGAAUCCGUCAAUUCAUUCGAAUCCGGAACGCUGAACCACCCCCAGAAUCGAGAGAAUCUAGUUGAAGAAACUAUGCGGUUGCAUAGAGCACUCUACGAAUCUAAUCUAGCUACGGAGAUUGGUUUGACUAUUCUGGACUGCAUGGGUCUUUACUCGAUACAAUUCCGGGACUCGAUGUUGGAGAGCUCGGUUCUGCCGAAAAUUGCUCGAGUCUACCUGAGAUUCUUGCAGUUGGGACAGUCGGAGUCUCUAUCCAAGCAUGUAUUCGCCGCACUUCGAGCGUUCAUCAACAACUUUUCUCAAGCGCUGUUUAAAGGAAACGCCAUCUUGUGUGGCCAAAUAGUCUACGAGUUGCUCAAAUGUUGCGAUAGUCGACUGUCGAGCCUGCGACAGGAAGCGUGUGCUGUGCUGUAUCUACUGAUGAGAAGCAAUUUCGAAUUCAGUGGCCGAAAGGGAUUAACCAGAGUGCAUCUGCAGGUGAUCAUAUCCGUUUCGCAGAUGAUCGGGAACGUGAUUGGUCUAAACAACGCCCGCUUCCAAGAGUCGCUCUCGAUCAUCAAUAGCUAUGCAACAAGUGAUAAGGCGAUGAAGGGAACUGGAUUCCCGAUGGAGGUAAAGGACCUAACGAGGAGAGUUCGUACCGUACUGAUGGCGACUGCGCAAAUGCAGGCUCACCAUAUGGAUCCGGAGCGGUUGUUGGAGCUGCAGCAUUCGUUGGCAAAUUCGUAUGCAUCCACGCCCGAAUUGCGGCACACAUGGCUGGUGACGAUGGCUCGCAAUCACGAACAGAACGGAAACAUUUCGGAAGCGGCAUGCUGUUAUUUACAUAUAGCGGCACUGAUUUCUGAGUAUCUGAAGCUGAAGGGCAACAGUACCGUAGCGUUUGGAGCGGAGUCAUUCGUCAAGAUUUCCAGAAACAUUCCACGGGAUGAAAAGGGACUAAAGUUGGACAGUGGUGCUUCGGAUUCUCAGUAUACGGAACAACUGCUGCUGGAUCAGCUAAAAGAAUGUGCCGAGUCGUUGGAUCGAGCGGAAAGGCAUGAGUGCCUUGGAGAGCUGUACCGGUUGAUUGUUCCAAUAUUGGAGAGCCGACGAGACUACCCAGGGUUGGCACAAAGCUACGAACAUCUGACGCAGUCGUACAACCGGGUGAUUGAAUUCAACAAAACGGGGAAGCGUCUGCUGGGAAGGUUCUAUCGUGUGAUCUGUUACGGACAGGCCUAUUUCGAGGAGGAACAUGCAGUUGAGUACGUUUACAAAGAGCCAAAGGUUACUACGCUGAGCGAAAUAUCCGAGAGAUUACACAAGCAGUACAGAGACAAAUUCGGCAGUGAUAACGUAAAGAUGAUCAUGGAUUCGUGUCCGGUCGACGUAGCAGCGUUAGAUCUCAAAAUGGCCUACAUCCAGGUGACGCAUGUGGUUCCGUUCUUCUGCAAGGACGAGCUUGAAAUACGACAAACGGAGUUCGAGCAGAAUCACGACGUCGAUACGUUUAUGUACGAGACUCCAUUUACAAGAAGUGGCGGAGCACGGGGCUCAGUUGAGGAUCAAUGGAAACGAAGAACCAUUCUAACAACUCAAUACAGCUUUCCAUACGUUUUGAAACGCAUUCCGGUGAAGGAACGGCAAUCGUUGGAACUCAGUCCGAUCGAAGUAGCGAUCGACGAGAUGCAAGCCAAAGUGGCCGAACUGGAAGAGGUUGUUCUCGGCCCGAUCGAUCUCAAGAAGUUGCAACUGCGUCUACAAGGUAGUGUAGCCGUGACUGUGAAUGCUGGUCCGUUGGCAUACGCUUCAGCAUUCCUCGAUCCCAAACAGAGCUCAAAGUACGCCUCCGAUAAGGUCGAAGAUCUGAAGGAUAUUUUCCGGGAAUUCGUUCGGAUAUGCUUCACAGCCCUGCAGAUCAACGACAAUGUUAUCUCAUCGGACCAGCGGGAGUACCACAACGCCCUGAAGGAGAACUACGAGAAUCUGUGUUCAGCGCUCAGCGAUCUGCUGGGUGAGUUCGUCUAUCCCCUGGACGACAGUAAUAACAACGCUCACCGCCACAGUCUUGCCUUGUUCAGUGCCAUUAGCGGGGCACCGAAUAACUCCAGCACCGCUUAGACGAGAUAAUUUUUAGCAAGGCGAUUUGGAGUUGUUUGAAACUGUAGAAGCCCUUUAACCAACAUGACAACGCACAAACAAUUCCGCUAAUUUUUAGCAUGGAAUUUUACGGAUCAAUAUCCAAAUAGGAAAGGUUAUGCAACAAAUUAUAGGUAGGUUGAAGACAAAACCAUACUAGCCCAUUUGGAUUAAAUGUACCGCAGCUGUUUAGAAUGACCUGCUUGGUAAUUGGUUUAUGAAAAACAAUUUUCACAUUGAUAACGACUUCAUCAAAAAAAUAGAAUUUUCAGAACAUUUGUAGAAAUUAUCAAGAACUAGCUUACACUUAUGCGAUGCGAAGCAUCCGGAGAAGCCUUUCACAGUUAUGGCUCCCACAGCUUCUAUAGAAGCCUUUCAGACCUUCUGGAGAAGCCUUCCAGAGCUUCUGGAGAAGCCUUCCAGAGCUUCUGGAGAAGCCUUCCAGAGCUUCUGGAGAAGCCUUCCAGAGCUUCUGGAGAAGCCUUCCAGAGCUUCUGGAGAAGCCUUCCAGAGCUUCUGGAGAAGCCUUCCAGAGCUUCUGGAGAAGCCUUCCAGAGCUUCUGGAGAAGCCUUCCAGAGCUUCUGGAGAAGCCUUCCAGAGCUUCUGGAGAAGCCUUCCAGAGCUUCUGGAGAAGCCUUGCAGAGCUUCUGGAGAA